UAACGUAAUAAAAUGUUGAAAGUUUAGAAAACCUUAGCAAGACCUUAAUUUCUCAACAUCUUCCUGUUUUCAGUGCUGCUGCUCUGUUUGCUCAGACUGAUGGCGAAUGUGGUUGUUGCAGCUUAAAAUGGGAAGUUUGUCGUAAUUCUUUCCAUUCUUUCCUCUCAGAGGCAGAAACAGUUCGCUAUCAGAUCCUCUCCCACCAGCAGAGAUGCAGCGUUUACUGACUCAAGUGGCUGCAGGGAAACUGCAACUCUACAUGGUGAUCGUGGUGAUGUUUACCUACAGCAUUCUGCUCAGCAGGGACUUUGAGUGCACCUGCAAACCUCAGCACUAUGACUGCAUCAUUUACUCACUUCUUCCUGCUCUCAUAGUGACCGUCCUGAUGCUGUGGUCCAACAGGCUGUUCCAGAGGCUCUGCAGCUACUGCUGCACAUUUAAAGGGUUUCUCUGCUGUCAGAUCCUGAAGUCUUCUAUGGUCGGUCUCCUCUGGGUUGCACUUCUUUUCGUUAAAGGCGACUGGUUUGCCUGCUGCUUUAAUAACCUUUCUGAGGAACAGGCCCAUCUACCCUGCAAAGACCCGGGGAGGAGGACCGUUGAGGAGAGAGAAACCAUUGCUGGCGUGAAAAACACAUCCAGGGUUGUUGGCUGCUGGAUGCUCUUCAUCAUAAUCUUCUCAGGAGCCAUGAGUUCCUGGAUCAGAUGGAAAUGUGACGGCGUGUGUAAAUGCAGCAGGCAAACCGCUCAGUAUGAAGAAACACUUUACUACAAACUGGUUCUGGAAGAGGAGGAAAAGGUGCUGAAGGAGGUUCUGAGGCAGGCGGUAAACCUAAAGCUGAGCGCAGAGAUCAGGAAGAAAUGUGAGAAAAACUGGAGAGAAGCUUUUAAUGUUGCUGAUGACCUCAUCACCAAGGAAUUAAAGCAAACUGUCAAUGAAGAAACAUCCUGACAGGGAAGAAGGUGAAUCUGUAAACAUUUUAGAAACAUCCAUAUUCAUUUAUUUCAGUUCACAUGAAAGGAAAACUUUAAAACAACCAGGAUUGAUUCUGUAUAAAUUACUACGGUAGCCAUUGUAGAGUUCAGAGAUGCUACAGCUUUGGAAAGCAAUAGAGUGAUAGAGCGGAGGGUCCAACCAGGAAGUCUGC